AAUCACCUUAAUCGAGCCUUAAUAUAUCCACCCUACCUGGCAGCCGUUCCUCCCCCAUUAGUUCUCGAAUUCUUGGCCACUUCUUCCUGCCCGAAGCUCUGGCUCUCUUUCUCGCAUAUGCCCCGUUUGAUCGUGCCUCCCGCACGGGGUAAUCCCUGUUUAUCAAUUUCGCUCGCUCGAACGCGUUGUGGCGCUAUCUUAAGCCCUGCCGCCGGCUCCGGUCACGACGACGUGAUUUCAUCGAUUCCUCGAUCGCUCACCAGUCACCGCUAAUCAGCGUCCCGAUCCUUAUCAGCGGUGGCGGAUUUGCGUGGACUCGCUCGCCAGCAUGGAGUGGAGACUAGCAGCACGAGUGUUCGGUUGCGCUAGUGUAGGUAGCGGACGCCCACUAGUGUCCAGCUACAGUAGCUGUGGGUUGAGUGUGUUCUGCGUGUAUGUGUGACUGCCAAACAAAAACAAAAGGGAAGCAAAAGAGCGAAAAAAAAAGAAAACACACAUACGAGGUAUGACCAACCAAACAUCAGGUGAGGUUUGGCAGGAGAGAGGAAACCGGGAGCAAGUGCGCAGAAUAGUAGCAGCCGUUGAAGGUGAAGGUGGCAUACCCCUGUGUGGAAGUGCGUCUUUGCGUUUGUGGAGGAUGUGUCACGGGACAGCUCAGUAGUGGUUUUGCGACUUGUGUACUCAGUCCGUCUGAGACGGAACAGGCUCAGUAGCUGUGCGGCUGUGCACGGUCCUAGGUUCCAGCGCAGGAACUUCCCUUAGUCCGGUGUAUCGGAAGACUACAAGUGCGGUCGUUCCAGAGCAAGCGCAAAGUGUCUUGAAGGCAUGAACACGACAUCAGAUAUACCGGGUGAUAUGGCGGGUGAACCCGUCACUACCCGACGGGUGAAUGACUCCACCGAACCGAGCCAGAGUGGCGGGUACAUCACACUCACCGUACCGUCGAUCGUGGAAGAUCUGCAGGAUGCGGACGGACGACCGUCAACGCCGACCACCUAUCAAAAGCGCCCUGCCUCGGUAUACUCUACCGGCCGCGCGCCACCAAUCAUCCGUGCCGUCUCGUAUCAACCGUCCAUCGCUGCCGCCUCCACGCACAACUCGGGCGAUCAUCACGUACCGCCACCGUCAACGCCGGAGGAAAAGUCCAAGUUCACCCGUCGCUAUUUGGCCGGCGUUACGGGCAUCAGCUACGCCCUGUUUCUGAUCGUGUUCGGGUUGAUCGCCUUCAUCACCGAUGCCGUCGAGAACAAUGCGCGCUAUCCGCUGGCGGAAGUGUUUGCCCUCUACAUGGUUUCGACCGGUAUCGUGUACUUCGUGUUCCUCUACAUCGAUAUCCGACUGUACGUGAGGCGAGCACAGAAAGCACUGGAAGAGUUACAGCGCCGUCGGCAGCUGUACGCGGAACAGCUGGAACGGUCCGAAACAGUAACGCUCGGUAAUGGGGGCGGUCCGAUGGAGUUAUCCGUGCCGGUUCCUCGCCCAGAUCCAACGACCUGGGACCUACCGCCACUGAAACCUAUCCGGCACGAUUACUGCUUCGUCACGGGACGUCACGGGGAGAUCAUUUACCUGAAGCUCGGUGCUACCUGGUUCUGUUUCGGACUCCUGAUCCACUCCGUUCUACUGCUCUCCUACCAAGGCAUCCUGAUGAAUAGCCGGGACGGCAAGUGGGCCCAAUGUGCGUCCAACACCACCAUCGCGAUGGAGGUACUGUUUCUGUUCUACUGUCUGUUUCUGGUGUUUUUCUUCUGGAAGUAUGCCAACAUCGUCAUCAAUCGGUACCGGGGGUUGGCCCGGUUCGGUAUCAUGCACGCCAUCGGUACGGCACUCGCCUUCUGGGUGUUGACGAUCGUGCGCGAAACGGUCGUUGCGAUACGGAUCAAGCAGUCGUACUACGACAAUGACGCACCAUCGGUAGAGGCGUUGCUCUCGACGGGGGAUGAUGCGAACCGUGAUACGUCCAUGAUUGCACCACACGACUGCCCAGGGCCGGAAGAGCUAAAUCAGGUGUUGGCAUCCUUCUCACCGUACCUGUACCCGUUUGUGAUUGAGUUUAACAUUCUGAUCGUGGGGCUGCUCUACAUGAUCUACGCUAACAUUAGCAAGUGUCCGAAGAAGAUUACGGUAAAGGGGCAUAAGGGACACCAUCAUCAGCACGGGGAUGGGCAGGCAUCGAAAGCUGGCGGGAGUGUGAUGGACUUCGGGAUGGAUGGGAAGAGCGAGUGCAGUGAGCACUGUGACGAUACGCUGGACCAUGAGGCGCAGGUCAAGUCACGGUUGGUGGUGUACGGUGACUGUCAACAUGCGAGCCGUGGUUUGUUCGCUGGGCUAAUACUGGUCGUCGCCACCAUCGUGGUCAUCAUACUCUUCCACAUAGCGUCACGUGAUGAUGACUACCGUGACACAGGUAUCCUUCUGGACGGUAUCUUCGAAGUGACGGUGCUCGGUAUCAUGAUCUUCGCCACCAUCGCCGCCUACUUCCAAACGUCUCGGCUCGACAUCAACCCACACCCGAUUUCGCGUCUCGACGACGUUCUGCUGUUCAUCGCCAUCCCCGCGUUCUUCUCCGAGACACUGUUCAGCAUGAUCCCAGCGUUCGAGAACAACUCCAUCCUGAACGGAUUCAUCGUGUUUACGCAGAUCGUGCAGGUACUGAUACAGACACCCUGGAUCUGUGAUGCGCUUCGUCGUUGCUCCAACACCGAGGAACUGCAGCGCAAAAAGCCUGGCAAAGAGUUGGUCACCUUCAUGACCAUUGCGAACGUGUCACUGUGGGUGUACUACACGUUCGCGGUGAAAACGGGUGACUUUGGCGAUGAGCGGUACGAGUACUACGGGGAUGUGCUGUGGUCGAUACUGAACCAUCUGUCGCUGCCGCUCAUUAUGUUCUAUCGGUUUCAUUCGUCCGUUUGUCUGGUCGACAUAUGGCGCCAUUCGUACGAACCGGGCGAGAUGGCGCACUAGGCGGGUAGGAGAGCCGAAAAAGGGCAAACCACAAAACACCGUACCCACUCACUGUACCGUGUGGAAAUGCAAAGUAUUAUCAAACUGUUUAUUAUUAGUAGGCUUAAACCCCAUCCAGGAACCGGUACGGUUCCUGGCUCGCGAGACGCAGGCGCUUAGGAUUAGGAUUAGUCACGUAAGAGACGAGCCGUCUUUUGUACAACCGGUUGGUGCGAUAGACAAGACAACGCGCGAGCGUACGCAGCUGCUGACGUCUGCAGCUGAUGUCAGUCGCUCACGUGAAUGCUCACUUCCUGCAUGAUAGUCGCGCAGCGAACCGUACGUACGGCAGCCAUACCAAUAAGACGCAACACACCAACCCGUUGGUGGAUUACCGGAAAGCCCUCUUGUCUGGGAUUUCUUCCAAAAAGGGUCGCGGGGUUUUUUGUUUCCGUAAUCCGGGCAGAUUUGAGGUGCUGCUGAGACAAAUCGCGCUAAAGAUACCGGAUACUACAAUCAGAGCACGAUAAAAAAAAAAACACCUCUGAAACGAACACCUA